AUGUCUCUCACAAUCCCCACCAACCUCUCCAACCCAAUGCUGAAGCUCAACCCCAAGCUCGCCGCCGGCAGCAGCAGCAGCUCCGCCUCCUUCCUCCUCCCCAAAUCAUCACCCCUCUCUCGAUCCGCGGCGGUAGUAUGCUCUGCCUCUCAAGACAACAACACAGCUGCCGCCUCCGCAUCGCCUCUCCAGGCCUUCUCCGCCGCCCUGGCCCUCUCCUCGAUCCUCCUCUCCGCCGCCCCUCUCCCUGCCGCCGCCGACAUCUCCGGGCUCACCCCGUGCAAGGACUCGAAGCAGUUCACGAAGCGGGAGAAGCAGUCCCUGAAGAAGCUGGAGUCGUCGCUGAAGCUGUACGCCCCCGACAGCGCCCCGGCACUGGCGAUCAAGGCCACCAUGGAGAAGACGAAGCGCCGGUUCGACAACUACGGCAAGCAGGGAUUACUGUGCGGCUCCGACGGCCUCCCGCACCUGAUCGUCAGCGGCGACCAGAGGCACUGGGGCGAGUUCGUGACCCCAGGGGUGCUGUUCCUCUACAUCGCCGGCUGGAUCGGGUGGGUGGGACGGAGCUACUUGAUUGCCAUCAGCGGGGAGAAGAAGCCCGCCAUGAAGGAGAUCAUCAUCGAUGUUCCCCUGGCUACUGGGUUGAUCUUCAGGGGAUUCUCUUGGCCUGUUGCUGCUUACAGAGAGUUCAUCAAUGGGGACCUCGUUGUUAAGGAUGUUUGA